GCCAUAGUGACCCUGUGUGACAAUUUCAAUAGUUAUCAAAUGAGCAUUGUAAAUACAGAAGGUACUUCAGCAGUCUUGGUUAUUUUUCUUUUCGAUAAGGAAUUAUGUAAAACAUUCAACAAUAGUGUAGUUCGUCAGAAAAGUGUAAUGAAAAGCUAUGGGAACGGUCAGUCAGUUGGAUUUGCUGAUGAAGUUGUUUGUUUAGACGGUGACUGGAAACGCAAUACAACGAUUGGCUUUCUACAUUUUGAUUCCGCUGUGGCGGCUCAGAGGUGGCUUAUCAGCGAUCCAAUAUUCCGUCAGCACGACUGGUUGGAUGAUGCGGAAAUAUGGAUUGUACCUUUAUGUACGGAAAUAAGACCAUGGAAUUACUUGCAAUUGGGUUUAUUUAGCUCAAUUAAUGAAGACAACUUUAAGAACCAAUAUUUACCAAAAUUUGAAGAAUCAGUUUCAAAAUUUGGAGGAGUACCAUUUAUUAGUUCAACUUCCUAUAUUGAAGUACCUCGAGGACUAAAAGAAAUCGACUAUUUAAUUAUUACUGGAUGGCCCGAUGACGAUAGCUCUCUUAAGUGGAACCAAAGUCGUAAGUUGAAGCAUAAGCUCAUUUAUAAAUGCAAACUAAUAUGAGAGUGGGUUUAUAUGGUAGUAGAAUUAUCGUAUGAACUAGGAAUUCCAGGAUUAACGCAAUUGAAUUAAGAAGACACAGGCACAACGAAUGUACUGUAUUUAGAAUUCGAAAUCGAGCAUUCAACAAGUACAAAAGAAUCACUAGUUAAUUCAAACACCACAGUUUACUUUCUAAAGGAAAUUUGAUUUGAGCAUACAGUGUCGGGCCUAAAAUCAACCUGAUUUUCAUAGGCUUUAUGUUCCUUAAAUUUAGUUGAAGCUACAGGAUUUUGAGGGGUUGAACAGCUUAUUAGCGCACUCUUGGUAACUGGUUAUUUUGAGGUUGUAUUUCCUUAUACUUCUUCACUGUCUUGUGGAUUGAACCUCGAGGUCGAACGCUUGCAGGUUCGCUGCCUAUGAAAGUGACCUGGUUCUGUCUGGAUAUUCAAGUAGUAUCUUAACCUUCUCACAAAUAUAACAACGAAUUGUUAUGAAGCUGAUCCACUUGCUCUGUUUGACUACUGACAUGGUAUAUUAUUACAACUCACUUAUUUAAAGUGUUUCUAUUUUACCAAAUUCUACUUAUCUGUUUCUUUUUUUCCAACUUGGAAUAGAACAAGAGCUGUGUUCGUCUGUCCUUGGAAAGUCUUAAGGUUGAUGUAUGUUAUCUAUCAGAGCCCCGUAUUCAAGACGCUAACACAGUAUUGCACAUUCACUCCCCACCAAUCGAAACGUCUGUAUCACGUGGAUUUACCCAUGAAACCCUUGCAUCGUCGGGUUUGUUGGCAUUAGUGCCUCAUUGACCCCUAGGGUAGGAGCAAUACUAAGCAAUUAAGCCCCCAGUGACCGUCGUUUACAUGUCCUGUCAGAUCAUAAAGCUCCAUCAAAGUAAAUAAAAACUGACGUGCAAAACAAUGCCUUUUCGUAAUCGCCGUUUACACCCUAACACACUGCAACUAGAGUGCAAUCAAGUAUGCGUUCUAUCAAUGGCUAAAUGAUGUCCUCAAGAUAGGGCGUUUUAUAGGUGGCGCAGUGGUAGCUGCAUAUCUGGAUAUCAAAAUCGAGUGUCUGGUAACAGAGGAGAGUAAUCGAAGUGGCUGAUGUGGAAUUGUAGAUCAUAUAUCAGAUAACGAUGUCCAACUCCUAAAGCUUUGUUCAGAGCACAGCCCAUUUUCGACAAAGACGAAAUUUCGGAAUAGCUAUCACCACUGUGCUAUCUGGUGGCAUCCUUCGAAAAAUCAGACUUCGACUCAGAUUGACUACUUUGGGACCAUCUACCCUGGUGUGAUUGUUUGCAAAAUUUUCGCUCCUUUUAGAGCACUUAUCUGGACUAAUUAUCCACCAGUUCAUGCCAGUCUUAUCCAACGUUUCAGUGGCCAACAAACUCACCAUUUUAAAAGGAUCGAUAUCAACAAAUUGGCUCCAUAUUCCGAUGAAACUAAAUAUCAAACCAAGCACAAUUCAAGGCUAGCAGCUAACAACCCACCAAAAAGUGUAAAUGACCACUGAGUUCAUUUGAAUGACACCAUGAAAAUAGCUAAAGUCGCUUCCGGCUUUGUGUAACAUCCCACUUAUAAGCGAUGGGUUUCUACAGCGUCCUUACAUUUCUUUGAACCAUAUCGGUCAACACUAGAUAAUCGCGAGUUCGACGAGACGUAGAUUCCUAUUUAGUGAAACUGUACAGUUCGCGCAAAGAUCGAGAAAUCUGGUAGUCAAAGCAAUCUAAUAAGUUAGGAGUAGCAUCUUCAUCUGGUAAUUACCGGAAGCUAUUAGAACUCAUCCGAACCACUGACACCAAGAAGCCUGAUGUGAGACAAUCUAUGAAGCUGAUAGGCCGCCAGUCAGUAACACCCAAUGACGUCUUGGAGUACGAACAUAAGUCCUCGAGGGACUGUUCAACCGGUUUACUAACCCAAAAAGAUCACUCUGUCUUCUUUCCCCGGUCCAAUGAAGACUGAUCCAUCUAAAGAGAUCCGUACGGAACUCCAGCUUCUGAAGAUCCACAAGUAGACAGGUCCAAAUGAAUUACCCUCAGCUCUUCUUAAGGAUGGUUUAUUUAUUUUAAGAUAUGGAUGUAAUACUUCAGCGAGAGUAGCUUUGCUCCAUGGUCGAAAUACCUGAUCUCUUCGAAUUCAGGAUGCUAGACGAUUCUUUGUGUUUGAUAGUCGCUAGCUCUGAAGAAUCACUAACAUUCAGGAGUAACACCCCGUUAGUAAUGCAUAGGUUCGGAAACGCGCGUUCGGAUACAGUGAUGAUACCAUCAUCUCGAAACACCAGGUUUAGUGGCUUAGACAUGUAUUAUGAACGCUAUCCCGAAGAAGUCUACAUCCUCCAUUAUUUGUCGACACUGGUUGGAGAAAGUCAUGCUCAGUUCUUGACACAGUGCUGUGGUAUGGAAGAAAACUGUAAAUCACUAGUAUGUCGAUCCUUCACGACUCUGGUAAGGGUCCUAGAGAUAAUGUAACAGUGGUUUGAAACGUCGUGAAACAGCCCACAAUAUUAGCUAUUUGCAGUCCUGCUAUAAUUUUCUUUUACUUUCUCCAUAAAAAAGAAAGAUUUUUAAUUGAGUGAAUUCUUUGAUAUAAUUCUUCUAAAUGAAAUGUUCCUCACGUUAUAUACUACUCUUGUUCACCUAUUUUUACUCACUAAUUGUUUGUUAUUUUAUAUUCACUUACUUUUAUCUGUCGCUUCACAUUUUCUAUUUGUGUGGCGUACACUUAUUUUCGUGCUUAUUUGUACCAAUAUUUGUAUGUCCAAAAAAAUAAAUAAGUAGACGUCGAAUUGUUGGAAAGACCCACAUUUUCAAAACUACAUUGGACACACUAAUCGUAUGACUUAUCUUCUCUUUUACAAACUAAGACGAUUAGUGAACACGACCAAUUUGAUGUAAGUCGCCCUUACUUCUCGUGUAUUGAGGCUGCUAAGAGUUUUCAAACAUUUAAUUCCUUAGAAUCCCACGAAACACUUCAUUUCCCUAGUCUUUUGGUUUAGUUUCUCCCAAAACUUCACUGUGGUUUGUAUAGUUGACUCAAGACCAAAUAGACUAUCUUGUGAUGUGCAUACUUUCCAUCGUAUCGAUUUUAUGCUGUGCUGGAAUUAUGAAACUCCUACUUCACUUAACCCAUGUAGAUGCAGACUACUUGGUUGGGGUCCGCGUGGCAAUCAUAACCAAUGGUUGGAGACUCUAGGUGACAUGACUCAUAAUCGACCACAAUCGCGUAGAUGUAUAAAUAUACUUUAUACCUUCCUUUCUAUGAAGUAAUUCUUUCUUCCUAUAUUAUAUCGUUAUACGCAAUCUUCCCUUUAUAUAUUACUACCAUUGAAGUAACUAAUAUGAAUUUAGUGUCCAUCUUGUUGUGCUAAUGAGGUAUGGUAACUUGGACCGAUGCAUAUAUGUGCCUGGUCCUACGUUGUAACUGACUGACUGACUUUAAACCACCUACAUGGGUUAAUAUUAUAUUAUAGCUUCAUUCUUUAUAAGUCUCAUAGCUUGCAUUGAAACGCCAUGGGACAGGUGUUUUUAAGACGGAUCAAUUUCAAACCCCUCCUCCGGCCUGCACAAAACAUCACCAUCGAGUUUUGAUUACCCGUAGGAAGUAUAUUGCUGCUCCCACACUGAUGCAGUAAGGAAUACAACCUCGUCCUUGAGUCCGGAACUUGAUUUUGAUCGAACCUGUUGGGUAUGCCAGAAACUCAAGGAACAAGUUUUCCAGUCAACAUAGCUUAGUCGGGCCGUCCUAAUAUACAGACGGCAAUUAAGAUCAAACUAAGUUUGUGCAUGUACGGUAAUGACUUAUGUAAUGUGCUGAUGAAUGUGACAGAUCAGAUAAUCGAAGUAUUAAUCAAUAAAAAAUCUUUAAACAGUUAAAACCGUGCUCCUAAUACCUUAUCACCAAUAAAAUACACGAAUAUGUUUAACUGAGUUUUGCAUUCACAUACAAUGGGUUUUAAAAUAAAGGCGUGGUUCAAUAUUAUUUAGGUGGAUUACAAUGAGCAGGCACAUAUUUGUAGUAAUCCCAAAACGGCAUGUUUUGCAAGAACAUCCUAAUAUCUUAAUCAAUAUCUACAAUAUAAGCUGCAGUGAUGUAUUGCCUUUUAAUUAACACUUAUUUUGCAGCAAAUAACCGACUUUAUACAGCAACAUGACAAGAGACUACAAAGUACAACGUAAUGAAACUGUUGUUCCGAAACACGAACAGCUGAUAUUGGAGAAACACUUAGGUGUUGAGAUUUAUGUAUUUGUUCAAUUAAAAAGGUGGCGAACACCAAUCGGUUUUGUCGUCGUAACAAGCCCGAAGAUUUUGAAAUUACGUUGAAUAAUUAGUUAGAUUUUAUGCCUCAGUAAUCAUGUCUCACCAAACUUUUAUUCAAAAUGAAAAACCCUUAUCAUAAAGAUAAAAAUAAGAUAUAUAACUUUACUAAUCACUUAAUUUACUUAAACUUCGCUGGUCCAUGAAACCAUAGUUAUUUUGCCUAUUUCGUUUAUACCUACAGAUGAAGCAGAAGAACUAAGAAAUAUGCAGGAAUCUUUUUCAAAGUCUUCGACAAUAUUGGCGAUGAUACGACAUAAUUACUAGUGCAUCAUUAUUAAUGGUUCAUAUAUGUACACAAUUAUCAAAGCAUACUUGUAAAAUAAAUAAAUGUUUGCA